AUGGGGUUAGCAGACGUCGCCACGGGAUCCCACCAGUUCACGAACAGAGUGUACGCGCCCAAGUGGGUGAACAUCAUCGGUGUCCUCGGGGAGAUGAAGGACAAGGCGCCGAAUGCGUAUGUAGCAUUGAAGCAGUUUGUCUGGGCUCACGUAUUCGAACUUAUUCGCAAGGAAGAAGAGGCUGGCAAGAGGGCAGCUUCUACAUCAGGCAUUGGUGAUGAGGCUACAGCGGACGACGAGUUUGUAGCGUGGGAUGACAUUGAGGUCAUUGAUGUCAACGCUCAGCCAUCUGGCGAGGCGUCUUCGUCGGGAACGCGAGGCAUUGUUGACGGCGGAAACAGCGGCACAGUUGACGGUCCCGGCGAACUCUCCUGCACCACCAUCUGUGAGCGAGAACGAGGAUUCAGGUUUCCUGAUGAAGGAGAGGAGAAUGGUGCGGUGAAGCCAAAAAGCGACCACAGGGCUUUCGAGCCGAAGGCGCGCCACCGUCGCCACGUCACCGACUCAUCGGUGGACCCCAUCGUUCGCAGCUACCUCUCUUCUGUACAUGUCAGUUGGCAAGUCGGAGAGCCCGCGCAUAACGCAGCAGUCGAUGCCCCGGACACCCCAGCCAAAUCGACUGCAGUCACCGGACACGAAGGGCAAGGACUUGGAGAGCCCGAACGGGAGCGUCGCUGGGCGAGCGAGGCACCGAAGACAGAGCGCAAGCGAUACGCACCUGCGAAGUGCGUGAAGGAGGAGCCAAGUAAGCAGGAGACAUCGAGGUACUAUGACACUGACUACAACAGACAGCUGAAAGACAGCCCGCACCCCCGCUCGACAGGCUCGGGGCGCGCAAGUCGCUUGGUGCAGCUACCACCGACGGGUAGCGUGCGGCCACUGCCUGUCGACCAAAAUUAUGACGAGGGCGUUGCGGAGGCUCUCAUGGGUCUUCCGUCGGGUUUGAGCACGCUGUACUGUGGACCAGUUGACCGUGCAGCUUCGGUCCUCCUCCUGACGGAUUGGACUAGGCAGUUCACAUCCUCAGUGCCCCACAAUCGCCAGCCGUCAACGUCGUCUCGCGCGUCACCUCCGACACCGGGUACGAAAUGCCCGCUCAGCACCGGUCCCGACGAUCGGAGCACCGACAUGAAGCACAGCCGUGUUGGGAGCAUCAGCAGUACGCCUGGACAUGGAAAUGUCAGUGCCCUCACGUCUCUCGCCUAUCCUUUUCCGUCACCAACCAACGCCUCGUUAUCCCGAGGCCUGUCAGACUGGGGUGCGGAGGUACCAAGUUACCUCUGGCUCGCGGGUGCAGACGGCGAGGGCCUCUCAGACGUGCAGCCUGGUGGCGCCGAGCUCUCGCCGAUCAUGUCUGCGCGCUUGCUGCUGUACAAGUUGCUCGAUUCGGCCAAUCGAGCCACAGUUACGAUCGCACACGGAGCUGAUGUCGAUUUUGACGAUGGCAUGUCAGAUAUCAGCGAGUACAGUGACGAUGAUCCCGAACCACCAACAGACGCUACGGAGCUGGAACGUUUAUUGGAAGCAGAGGAACAUGCCCCGCUGCGGACGACACACCUAGACGAUCGGAUGCUUACUAGUACUAUGCUGCAAUGCGCGGCCGUUUCAGUCACACUCGGCGAGCUAAACACAGUGCAAAACUUCGAUCAGCCCAAUCCCAGCGAACUCGAAGCCUUCGCAGGAGAGGAUAGCUUACAAAUUCACCGCUCGCUGUCCGACGCGGCCAUAAUGGUCGAGCUACCUCCACCCAACAUCGCGCCAGAGCCAGUCCAACCAAACGAGCUAUUCCUCGCACCUCAUGGAAACCUCGAUGCAUCGCCGCUCGUAGACCUCCGUCGUGCACAUGAGUCGGAGCGUGCUGCGAAAGGUGUGCGGACCAGCACGUACGCAAGACAGGGCUCAGCCGCAAGGGACAAUGAUCGUGAUGCAAAUACGGAGCAAGCCAGCACUCGACGCGCUAUCAUCCGAGAGAUGUCAGCGAUCAUUCGGGAACAGCAGGACAAUGUGGGCACGACAAGUGGGUUGAACCGUACCACACGUAUACAGCAAGGGCCGGCACCCACUGGCAACUCUGCGAAUGCCGCCCUCGCUGCUGGACAACGCGCGGCAGCGCUUGUCCAGCGUCGCGCCAAGGUCUUCCUAGGGUUGAAGAUUCCCUAUGCGAAGGAUCUCGCCGACGCUCGCGUUGGUAAAACCACGUCCGCGAACCAGAACAACUCGCCGCUCAUGCCUGGAGAUUAUAGUGUAGUAGUUGACGACAGCGGCCGUAUUAUGGUCUUCGAGCAACUAGAGAACCGCCAUUUGCAGAUCCUGGAGGCAAUCAAGCAGCUCAAGAGUCGUAAGAAACGUCAAGGUCAGGCGGGCACGAAGGACGACGCAUCGGAUACGGACGUCGACGAAGACGAGUGA